UACACAAAUCUCUUGAUAAGACGAUCAAUCAUUCAUGGCCUGAAAAUACACUGAAGUAUCAGUUCCAUUCGAACCAUCACCCCAAGAUGAUAGGACGGUUGCCUGUUCUAGUGUUGCUGGCGAUAGUGCUGCAGCUGGUACGAUGUCAAACAUCGAACAAGAGUAUUUCCAAUAAAGUGGCAUCCGAGGGGCAGGUCUGCCAGGCUGGUGAUGUCAUCGGUCGCUGCGUACCGAUAAAGGAAUACCCCGAAUAUGCCGCGAUUUUGAAGAAACAAUUUCGAUCUGCUCAGGAAACGCAAUAUCUGAACGAUCGAUUCUGCGGUUAUACACCUGCGAGGAAAGCACUGGUAUGCAAACCGGUGAAGAUCAACGAACCGCACUGCGGCAGACAGUUUACCGAUCGGAUCGUGAAGGGAAACCUGACCGAGCUGGAUGAAUAUCCAUGGAUGGCACUGUUUCAGUAUAAGAAACCCAAAGGUUUUGGAUUCUAUUGCGGGGGUGCGUUGAUCAAUACUCGGUACGUGUUGUCGGCAGCUCACUGCUUCGUUGGACUGCGAUACGGCUGGGAAGUGAUUAAGGUCAGACUUGGCGAAUGGGACGUGGAGUCUGAUGAGGAUUGUACCGGAACAGACGAUGAACGGAAUUGCGCCCCUCCGAUUCAGGAGUUCGACCUCGAGCGGAUUAUACCACAUGAGGGAUUUUCAGUGAAGAGCAACAACAAAGUACAUGACAUUGCGCUGGUUCGGAUGUCCGGCGAUGCUCAGUAUAGCAACUUCGUGGCGCCGAUUUGUCUACCCGAACCAGGUUGUGUAGCGAACAUGAAACGCCUGAUGGACGGCGUACUGAUUGCAUCCGGUUGGGGGAAGACCGAAAAUUCAUCCGCCAGUCGAUACAAACUGUACACCAAGCUGCACUGUUCCAACUACGAGGAUUGCAAAGCGAACUACAUCGCGCGGAAAGCUAUUUCGUUAACGGAGGGACAAUUUUGCGCCCAAGGUGAUGCCGGGCAGGAUACCUGCAAUGGGGACUCCGGAGGACCACUGAUGAAGCAAAUUGGAGAACAGGCUCGGUACUACGUGACGGGUGUGGUCAGCUUUGGUCCAUCCAAGUGUGGAGAACAGUUACCCGGAGUGUACACGAAAGUGGAGCACUACUACAAGUGGAUUGUGCAGAAAAUAGUGGAAACUUCUUGAUAGUUCGGCGAAUCAAAGCACACAUUAACGCAGCAUUAUUACAACUGGACUAAUAAAUCUAACGUUAGGAACUUUA